AUGACCCGACUUUGGGCUUAUAAUUUGGUGACCGGUUGUCGAUCACUUCAUGUUUCUUUACCUCACAACGCCAUGUCAUAUACGAAGGAACCGAAACCACUCCCUUGGAGUGAUGAUAAAAAAAAUCCACUGGGAUGGGCUAAACGUCUAUUCCGAAUGCAAGAAUCUCAACAAUUGCUCAGCCAAUCGAAGGAACCUCCUUUACUGCAUAUGAUCUGUCGGCUAAAGCCUAUGAAGGGAGUCAUUCACUACCAGAGAGCCAUCCUUGAAAAAUAUGGUCUUGGAAAGGACACAAAAAAUCACAACUGGGUAGUCGUUAAAAAUACUCCAUCAGUCAACCGAGAUUUAUACGAGAUAAAACAUCUUAUCCGGAUACAGCCUGUUAUUUUCGAGAACGGGUUACCAACUGAAUCUGAUUUACUUGCCUGUAGACUGCUUCCAGACGGCAGAUUUUUCAGACAUCGGGGUCUUUCUGUUGAUUCUCAGUUAUUGGAUUCUUCAGAACCGAACCAAACAAACCUAUCGGUGUACAAUCCUAAUCGACCUUAUGAUUUAAAAGCUUUAUUACAUUCUAAUAAAGAAAAUUUCAGAUAUCUAAGCAGUGCAUACCUAAGAAAGUGGCACAACAAAAGAUGGGCCAAUCAUGACUUCUUCAAGGAGUUUUUCACUUCACACUACAAAUACAAACUUAAUCAAGAUGGAAAUGAAUAUCGUUAUAGUGGUCUUUCGCGAUUAGACAAAGCAAUAACUCAUUCACUUGAGUCUAGAAGAAACCCCGAUGGAACUCUUAAGCAGCCAAACUGCAAUCGUUUUGAUGCUGAUUGGAAUACUUAUCCUUGGUCAAGAUAUUAAAAUUUAAACCUGUUGGUUUAGGAUUUUCUUGCCAUGAUCGUUUCGAGCU